CCGUUAUUUCCGCAACACUCUGCUGCUCACGGCCUCCACUCUACUAAAACCCUAACCAAAUAUCUUUCUUCGCCCUAACGUAACAUUAACAAGGAUGUCAUCCGCUCUCAGACUUCGCAACUUCCGUUAUCUCUCUACCUCGGCCGCCGCCGCCGCUGCUGGCACACCUCCGUCUUCGAUCUCCAUUUCCAAAGCUAAAUCCAGACUCAGGUCCGAGUACGAUCCUGACAAGGCUCUAGAAAUAUACUCUUCCGUUUCCAAAGACUACUCUUCCCCAAUUUCCUCUCGCUACGCUCAGGAAUUCACCGUUCGCCGUCUUGCCAAGGCAAGGCGUUUCUCUGACGUCGAAUCUCUUAUUGAGUCCCACAAAUCCGACCCCAAAAUUACUGAGGAACCCUUUCUCUGUACCCUCAUUCGUUCAUAUGGUAUCGCCGGCAUGUUCGAUAAAGCCUUCACUACUUUCAAUCAAAUGGACUCUCUAGGUACUCCGAGAACCGUUCUUUCUUUCAAUGCUUUACUAUCUGCGUGUAAUCAGUCAAAGCUAUAUGAUAAAGUUCCGAACCUGUUUGUUGAAAUUCCUGAGAAGUACGUGUUGUCACCUGAUAAGAUUUCUUAUGGGAUCUUGGUCAAGUCAUACAGUGAAGCUGGUGCAUCCGAGAAGGCAAUUGAGACUUUAAAUGUUAUGGAGGAGAAGAACGUGGAAGUGACUGCUGUAACUUUCACUACUGUAUUGGAUACUCUGUAUAAGAAGGGAAAGAGUGAGGAGGCAGAGAAGUUAUGGAGUGAGAGGGUGAAGAAGGGUUAUGAGCUGGAUGUGGCAGCACAUAAUGUGAGGAUGAUGAAUGCUCAGUGUGGAGAUCCGGAGAAGGUGAAGGAAUUGAUUGAGGAGAUGAUUAAUGCUGGAUUGAAACCAGAUACAAUUAGUUACAACUACUUGAUGACUAGUUAUUGUAAGAGUGGAAUGAUGGAGGAAGCAGAGAAUGUCUACCGGAAAUUGGAGGAGAAUGGUUGUAAACCCAAUGCAGCAACUUUUAGGACCUUGAUAAGUUAUCUUUGUAGGAGUGGGGAUUAUGAGACUGGGUACACAGUUUUCAAUGUGAGUGUCAGGUGGAAUAAGAUUCCAGAUUUUACUACAAUGAAGAUUCUGGUCGAGGGCUUGGUGAAGGCAAAGAAAAUGGAGGCGGCUAAAGGAUUGAUCAGAAGAGUGAAGAAGAAGUUUCCUCAUAAUUUACUGAGGGCAUGGAGCAAAGUUGAGCAGGAGCUUGGUUUGGCUUCUGCUGACACUGCCUCUGCUUCUGCAGAGGAAAAAUAAGCUGCAGCAUAAGUAUUGGUGAAAAUACCUGUGGGCUAUUGUCUUGAGGUGCUUGAGAUAUUAUCUCUUCAUCACUUUGAUUUGCAGUUGCAGAUGAUUCGACUCGAUGGAAUGUUGAGCUUUGAGCUACGAUGAGACUCAUGGAUCGCUGUGGAGCAUUACGAUUCAAAUAGGUUUUUCAAUUCUUCUAUUUAUUUAAGUUUUAGUUUCUGGUAGCUUAUAUGAAGCAUGGCGCUUAAGUAACUUUUUGGGCUUCAAUGGAUGUGUAAAAACUACAAUUAUUUUGAUUAAUCAACUGUUUGUUAGAUCUCCUAGUUGAUUUGAAGCAUAGUUGUAUUUGCAUUUUCCGGUCGAGUGGCCUUUUGAUAAUGAGCUUUUCAGUGCA